GCGGGGCCGCCGCGCGCUGCCGCUGCCGCAUGUGCCCGGAGCCCCGCAGCAGCCGCAGCCGGAGCGGGCAGCGCGGGCCAUGGCGGAGCAGGGCGCCCCGGCGGCCGCCGUGCCCAACGGCGGGGGCGCCGCCCGGCCCCCCGGCAACAAGGUGACGGUGGUGCUGGGCGCCCAGUGGGGCGACGAGGGCAAAGGCAAGGUGGUGGACCUGCUGGCGCAGGACGCCGACAUCGUCUGCAGGUGCCAGGGAGGCAAUAAUGCAGGGCAUACAGUUGUUGUGGAUUCUGUGGAGUAUGACUUCCAUCUUCUGCCAAGUGGGAUCAUCAAUCCAAAAGUCACGGCAUUCAUUGGAAAUGGUGUUGUAAUUCAUUUGCCAGGGCUCUUUGAAGAAGCUGAAAAAAAUUUAAAGAAAGGAAAAGGGCUAGAAGGCUGGGAAAAAAGACUAAUAAUUUCUGACAGGGCUCAUAUCGUAUUUGAUUUCCACCAAGCUGCUGAUGGCAUCCAAGAACAACAAAGGCAAGAACAAGCAGGGAAGAAUUUGGGAACUACCAAAAAAGGAAUUGGUCCAGUAUAUUCUUCAAAAGCAGCACGAAGUGGACUCAGGAUGUGUGAUCUUGUUUCUGAUUUUGAUGAGUUUUCUGAGAGGUUUAAAGUGUUAGCCAAUCAGUACAAAGCGAUAUAUCCUACCUUAGAGAUAGAUAUUGAAGGGGAAUUGAAAAAGCUCAAGGCCUACAUGGAAAAAAUAAAACCAAUGGUAAGAGAUGGUGUCUAUUUCAUGUAUGAAGCUUUACAUGGACCACCAAAGAAGAUCUUAGUAGAAGGUGCAAAUGCAGCACUGCUGGACAUAGAUUUUGGCACGUAUCCUUUCGUGACUUCAUCAAACUGCACAGUUGGUGGUGUUUGCACAGGUCUGGGCAUGCCACCACAGAACGUCGGGGAAGUGUAUGGAGUUGUGAAAGCAUAUACAACUAGAGUUGGAAUUGGUGCCUUUCCUACAGAACAAAAUAAUGAAAUUGGAGAACUGCUGCAAAUGCGAGGUAAAGAGUAUGGUGUUACCACUGGUAGAAAGAGAAGAUGUGGCUGGCUGGACCUUGUGCUACUCCGAUAUGCCUACAUGAUUAAUGGAUUUACUGCAUUGGCUCUUACCAAAUUGGAUAUCUUGGAUGUAUUUCCAGAAAUCAAAGUUGGUGUUGCAUACAAACUAGAUGGUGAAAUCAUACCUCAUUUUCCUGCCAACCAGGAAGUCUUAAAUAAAGUAGAGGUUCGGUAUGAGACACUCCCAGGAUGGGAUACAGACAUAUCAAAUGCAAGGACAUUCGAUGAGCUGCCUGUAAAUGCACAAAACUAUGUUCGCUUUAUAGAAAUGGAAUUGGGUGUUCCUGUUAAAUGGAUUGGAGUAGGGAAAUCCAGGGAAUCAAUGAUCCAGCUGUUUUAAAGAUUUCAGAUGCAUGGAAGAAAGCACACUCCUCAAAAGACUGCUCAUUCUUAAAUGCAUUGGUAGCCCGCAAAGCAAAGAUGUUGGAAAGAUAGAUUUUUUUUUUUUGCAUGGAAAGGAAUGCUAGAGUUGAUACCCCUAAAUCAAUUGCUACUCCUGAAAGAGACUUUAACAUGAAACCGUGUCUGUUCUUAUUCAGCUGCAAAUUCAAGGACAUUUGUUGUCAUUUGUUGUUCAGGGUGCCAUCAGAUUUUUUUCUAUACCUAAUAUUUACUUCAUAAUGUAAUUCCUGUUUGAAAAUCUAAGGUAUCAUUACUUUCAUGACUGUUUGUCUUUUGUUAUCCUCUCUCUGCUUUUGGCGGUGUUACUUCUCUGAAAUUCUAGACAGUAAAAAUAAUGCAGUUUUGCACAGAUAGUUCUACAUCCUCAUUAUUUGUAUUCCUAAAGCUGUUGUAUUCUUUAUGGCUGCUCUUGUGAGUGAUUAAAGAGAGGGAUUCUGAUUUUGUAAUGCUA